GGGCGGGAGCCGGCGGCCGCCAGCGGGUAGCGAGCGGCGCGGUCGUCCGUAGCCGUCGGGGCUCGGCGCCCCGCGAUGAGCAGCCCCGAUGCGGGCUACGCCAGCAGCGAGGAGCAGGCGCAGGGCCGGGGCGCGCUGCCCGCCAUGAUGCCGGCCCUGGGCCCGUGCCCCUGGGCGGAGGCGCUGAGCCCGCCGGGCGAGGCCAAGGCGAAGGGCGAGGCGGGGGCUGCGGCGGGCGGGCGCGGCAAGGGCGAGGCGCGGAUCCGGCGGCCCAUGAACGCCUUCAUGGUGUGGGCGAAGGACGAGCGCAAGCGGCUGGCGCAGCAGAACCCGGACCUGCACAACGCCGAGCUCAGCAAGAUGCUGGGUAAAUCGUGGAAGGCGCUGUCGCUGGCGGAGAAGCGGCCGUUCGUGGAGGAGGCGGAGCGGCUGCGGGUGCAGCACAUGCAGGACCACCCCAACUACAAGUACCGGCCGCGGCGGCGGAAGCAGGUGAAGCGCCUGAAGCGGGCGGAGAGCGGCUUCCUGCAGCACGGGCCGGCCGAGGCGGCGGCGCCCGCGCUGGGCCCCGACGGAGGCGGCGUCGGGACGUGCGGCGAGGGCCUGGCGCUGCCCUACGCGGAGCGGGGCUACGCGGCGGGGCCGGGGCGCUACCGGGACUGCCCGCCGCUGGGCGUCGCCUUCGACGGCUUCGGGCUGCCCACGCCGGACCCGUCCCCGCUGGACGCGGCGCAGAGCGAGGCGCCGUUCUUCGCGCCGGGGCCGCCCGAGGAGUGCGCGCCGGGGCCCUUCGGCGGCUACGGCCCCGCGGCGGCGGGAGAGUUCCCGGCGGUGGGCGCGGGCGAGAGCCCCGCCGGGGCGGCGCUGCGGCGGCACCACCACCAGCAGCACCA